CUUACAUUUUUCGGACUUGAAAGAAUACAGGUGAAUCGGUUGUUCGAGAUGGUUUCUUUUGUUUGUUUCGUUGAAUAGAGGCUCAUGAAAGAUGUAACGUCAAUUAACUGCUGUUAUAAUAUUUCUUCGAAAGGUAAGUUGAUUAAAAAUUGUGGCGAACAUUAUCGGAAAUCAUGUCGUUCCGAAAAGCCCUUUUUAAAGCAAAUACACCCGCGAUCGUGAAAGACAGAUAUGUGUCGGUUAGUUCAGAAUGUUUAUCUUCCAGAUGUAUUUUUGCGGUUAGAAAUAUUUAAAACCUCCACGUGAGGAAAAAAAACAAGUUUUUUCGAAAUGUCUAUGACAGUACAGUCAAGUGGAUUUUGAUAAAAACCAAUCAGAUUUUCAAUCGGUUAAUUUUCAGUACAGCUAAUAUUAGAUCUCUAGUACAAACCAACUAGGCCGUGACGCACUAAAUAUAUUACCUCGUGACAACCUUUGAACGAAAUUAAUCGAACGCACGCAAACUCAAGCUUGAGCCAAAUGUCUGAAUUGUAAUAAAUUUUUGAUUAAUGAUGUGUCCACCUUUUGAGAAAAUUAUUUUUAUUUCAGCCCAGAUAAUUAGGGACUAUUAUUUUUGGCGAAAUGUUUUGAUGUCCUAUAACCUGAUGGGCCAUCAUUUGGUGUAUUUUAUAAUUAUAUCUUAAAUUUUCAUUUCUCUAUUGUGAUGGUGGAUUUCUUUCUGCUACAUCAUUCUGCCGAACAUAAAAAAGAAUGAAUUUGCUGGAGAGUGUUUUAUAUUUACAUCGAAAUUAAUGAAUGAGAGCCAAUAUGUAGACAGCUUACACUUAGAAAGAAGUUUACCAUGUUUAAUCUCUCCCCAGGUGUAAGUUAUAUUUAAUAGCUUCCUCUUGAGUUUGCUUUAUGAUGCAAAGUGGGAACAAUUUUUUAAUGUCAACAUCUAUAAAGGAUGCAACAAAAAUAAUUUAUAUUUGGCCCAUGGUUUAAAAGAGGUUUUCAAGAAAAAGCCAGUUGCUGGUGGUCUACUGCCUCCUUGAAGACCACUUAGUGCUGUAUAUUUAGUCUGUAAUAACUGGCCCUCAUGUUAAGGUUUUGCCUUACACCUCCUUCUCAGGCACAACUACCUAUUACACCUUUGAUGGCACAGCUUAUUGAAAAAUUAUUGAAAACUGCCUGGGUCUAGCCUGGGGAUAGUUUCUCUAUUUCUUGAAGCUUCUUUGUUUAGAAACUCUUUUUUUGAGAACAAAUUGAUCAGAUAUUUUGGCUUCAGGGCUUUUGUUUGACUUAAGGGGAAACUAAUUCUUGAGAAAUUUCUUAAAAUUUCUUGCUGUUUUUUUUCUUCCUUUCCAAAGAUAACUGUCACAAAAACCUCUUGAGGCUGUCCUCUUUGUUUAAAGAAGACAAAGCUUUCUUUGUUUCUUGUUCAACAAAAGAGUAUCAAAAAGAGCUUUGAGAAACAUAGAGGAUUUUGCAUGUGUUCUUUCUCAAAAACAAAGGGCAGCAUCAUUAGAAAACCUUUAGAAAUAUAUAUUCUAUACCAUGCACUCUAUAUUUUUGAACAGAUAGAACCCUCAUCCUUAAUUUCUGUUACUUUUGACCACUUGUAACAAGUGCCAGGAAACCUCUAUGUCAUUUUUACAGAAAGCUUGUCAAAUUUAAAGAAGACAAAAAUCAGACAAUAAUGACUAAAACUGACUUGAAAAUAGUUUAAAAACAAUGAAAGGUCUCAAAAAUUUUUAUAUUCCGAUGCUUUCUUUGGAAAGCUUUUCUUUGAAUAAAAAAGAUUACAUACUUAAAGCUUUCAAGAAUUAUUAUUUUAAAACCCUUUGACCUGUUAGAGUUACCAACAUCUAAUUUCUCUCAAAAAUAUGACCUCUGAUUCAAACGUUAGGGUCACAAAAAUAAAGGAAAUGACCACCAACUAAAGAGGCUCUUGAUUGUUAAAUAAAUUCUCCUUGGGAACAUCUUAGGGAAUAUAAAGAGAACAGUAUGGAGAAUAUGCAUCCUGGAUAUUAAGGGUUAAGUGGUCUUGUGGCCAGCUAAAGUGAAUUAACUGAACUUUUUCUUACUUUUUUCCUGAGAUACUUUGGGUUGAUUAAUACAAUAUAUACGAUACAGUGGAAAAAUCAAAAAUCAAAAUCAAACUUGGUUACUCAAACCCCUGGGUAACUUGCACAAGAUCCAGUUUACCUUGAGCCUAUUUUUUCAGUCAUUUACUAUCAGAAAACUCAAACCCCUGCUGAAUCAAAUAAUUUUUUCUUUCCCUUGGGGGUUCAAGUAGCUGGGUUACAGUUUAUAUUAUAAUAAUAUUGUCCUUACUUGUAGGAUUCUUAAACUUUGUGAGAUCCUAUGGUACACCAAGAAAGAUUGCCAGAUUUUUUUUCCUGGCAACUAAACAUUUAUUUCUGGUAACCCUUUAGUGAUUUAUGGAAAACAAUUGUUAACUUUGAAAAAAUUUCAGCUAAAGCCUUUAGUUAAUAUUACUGCUUAUAAGAGGCUGGCAAAGGGAUGGGAGUCCUGAUCCCAUUUCAUGUACAAAUUUAGAAAAAUUCAGGAGUGACAAGCACUUUAAACAGCAUUUCACAUUUCACAUAUUUAAAAGGGAAACUUCAAGUCUCUCUGCCCUUGCCUUACUGAAAAAUUCAUUUGUCUUGAACUUUUCAUUUUGGGCUCAUGGGAGGGUGAUGUAGAAGUGUUAUAUCGAUUGAUUCAAUUUAGUUCUGUAUGUGCCUGGUUGAAAUUAUAAAAUUAAUAUUCCUUGUUUUUGGAACAGCUUAAUGGAUGUUGAGGGUUACAACGGAGGUUGUCAUUGUGAUGGCACUGUACAGAGUGGAGGUGAAACGGAUAAAGAACACCAACUAAAUUGCUUCCAAGAUUAUUCACUAGAAGACAGCAAAAAUUCAAUAACCAGAGAAAAUAUGAAGUUAGGUUGUGGUGGAAACUGUAACAAUGGUGAUCCAGCUUUCUCUUCUCCAGAUGUAAUGGUAAAGGCUACAGAAGAAGGAAACAGCAUUGAAACUUCUGAUGACACAUGUACAACUGACAAUAGACAAUGGAAUUCUUUAUCUCUGGCAGGUCUCCCACCAGAGUUGAUUCUUGUGAUUUUUUCAUACCUUGAUGCACGGUUUGCACUAAGUGUGUUGACAGGUGUCUGUAAACUUUUUCAUCAUCUGCUAUCUCCUGAGUCUAGUUGGAAGACAAGGUUUGGAAAAAGAUGGCCACAGAGAGAUAAAAGAGAAGAUUAUGACUAUGUGACAAGGUUAGUAACAUGAUCAUAAUUAUUUAAAAUAUUUGUCUAAUUUUAUUACUUACUGUAUAUUUUAAAAGAUGGUUUAUCCAGGUGGCUUUAGUGAUUUUUUCUUUUUUCUUUUAUUUGGGCAAGUUGCAUGUAGCUAAUUUUAUCAUUCUACUCCUCUGACUUGUGGUUUUUAAGACAGAAUUGGCCUAAAUUACUUUGCAAAAAGGGAAUCUCUCUCUUUAGCUGCAAAAUUUGAUUAUUAGUACAAGUACAUAUUUAGAAUACACAGAUUGGCAAAAAGAUAUUUCAUCCUGAUUUUUCUACUAUGAAGUCAACAAAUUUAAAAUGAAAACUGAGAGGAAUCAGUUCUUUUUCCUCUUCUCCUCAGUUACACUUCUCUCACUUUUGUACACCUUGGUUUAUUUCAAAGUCUUGUACAUGUUUAACACUAGUCUUAAGCAGCACUGGUGUAAAAAAUGGCACAGAUUUCUUUUAGGCUACAGUACUUGGAUCAAUAUCAGUAUCUGGGCAACUGCCCACCUACCCCUCCCCUAACUCAACAACAAUCAAUUGAUAACAGCUUAGGGUUAAUGUUGGGUUAGGGGAGGGGUAGGUGGGCAGUCGCCCAGAUACUGAUAUUGAUCCCAGUACUUUUUAUCAAUCUUAUCUGCACAAAUUUUGUGGUGAUAAAUUUUUGGCUACAUGCAUAGCUUAACCCUUUGACCUUUGAGAGUGACUGGCAUCUAAUUUCUCCUUACAAUGUCACCUCUGAAUUAAACAUCAAGGUCAUGAGAAUAAAGGAAAUGAUCAGCAACCAAAGAAGCUCUUGAUUGUUGAACAAAUUCUCCUUGUCCUCACUUUAGGUAAUGUAUAGAGAACAGUAUGGAGAAUAGACAUACUGAUGUGAAGGUGUAAAGGGUUAAGGCUUUUAGAGAGGCCUGAAAGUUGGAAAUCGUGCAAACAGUUUCAUGUGACUGAGUAUUUUUCUCUUUCAGGAUUUUCAUUAAGAGGUGCUUUUCUUUUUCCUGUUUGUGUAAUAUACGUAAGAUGAGGUCUUUUCUUUUCAGUGAGCUGAUCCAUCAGGGACACUAGACAACCAAACUUAUAGAACCACAUUUUGUGUUUGAAAGGAAUGACCUCCAUCUUGUCUGUAGUUCAAGAUGGCAGUGCACAUGUCAAUUUUGUUUACAGUUGUAAGCCAUUAUCAAUCUAAAAUGCUGAAAGUCUUGAAACCUCUAGCUUCAAACCUUAAAUACUGAUCAAAAAGACAAAUGAAAUGAGAAAAAAGUGAACAAGCAAAUUUGAAAAUAAUAAAUAAGGGGGGUUUGUUUCAAGGAAUAUGAAUGAAAAUCACAUGAUAAGUUGUAGGAGAAAGUGUUAUCCCUUUCACUCCCAAGAUCUUAUCAGUAAUUCUGGUUACUGCUUGCCCUGUAAUUCGUAUAAUGUUAGUUCAGAGAAUUUAGUAUUGGAUCAACUAAUUAUCCUCAAAUUGAUCUUUUUCUUUAUUCUCAUCACUUAUCUGGUUAAUAUCAUAUUGAUAUUUUUUAAGGAAAAAUUCUGUCUUGGUCACUCAUGGGAGUUUAAGGGUUGAGUGAGAGGAAAGUGGUCUGGACAUCAGACUAAAAAAGACUCACUCAGGCCUUUGAAAUUUUACUUGAAAGGUCAUUGUAUAGUGGAGAUAUACACACUGUUUUAACUACGUUAAACAUGUUAGUAAGAUUUUAUUAAUUUUUUCAUUAAAUUUUUUAUAGUUGGAAGAGAAUAUGUGUCCAACAUGAAGACAUGGAUGCAUUUUGGCAAGAUCCUGUGGCAUCUCUGGAUUUUUACGAGCUUAAAGAUCAGCACUUUGCCACAGUAGAUACAGUUCAUGUGAUGAGGGGUGGAGAGCUGUGCAUUUCAGGUUCAAGAGAUCGUUCAGUGGGGGUCUGGAAUUUAAAUGCUUUGUCUGUUCCUGAUGAGGCAGGAUAUGGAAAGAAGUCUUUCAAGCAAGCACUUGAUGGUCACAAGGUAGUUUUACUCUUGCUUUAAGUCAACAAAAAACCGUUAAAAGCUAAUGUUAGUUAGUGCAUGCAGCUAUUAAUCUACUAAAACAUGAAAGCUCCUUUAACCCUUUAACUCCCAGAUCAAAUUUGUCGUUCUCCUCACUGUCAACCAUACAAUUCUCAUAAUUUUAACUCAGAGAAUUUAGUAUUGGAUCAACUAAUUAUCCCAAAUUGAUAUUUUCUUUAUUCUCAUCACUUAUCUGGCUGAUUUUGUAUUGAUAUUGUAAGGAGAAAUUCUGUCUUGAUCACUUGUAGGAGUUAAAGGGUUAAGAAUUGGAAUCAGUAGUUCGAGGAGAGACACACUAAAGCUGAUGACUGUUGAAGAUAAUAACGCUGAUGAAAGAUAAUGACUAAAAUAAGAACACAUGAAAGACAAAUGCUGUUAGGACACUGAGUAUAAGCAUAACUGACUGUUCAGCCUACAAGGGCACUUACUACAAGAAAAAUAGACAUAAACUAAGGUAAUCUGUGUAACAGAACUCAGUUGGGUAGUGUGUGAUGGACUUACUCAGGCAUAAUGGGUUUCUGGGCUUGACUGAAGAUGUAGAGAAGACACUAUUAUAAAUUAAGAGUCUCUUUCCUGAGAUCACUGCAAAAUGAUUCUGAUCAUUGCUUUAACCAGAACAAGUCAGGAUUUAAAGUCCAAGGCCCAUUUGUUCAAAGGGCUGAUAAUGCUAUCCAAGGCAUAAAUCACUAUCCAGUGGAUAGGUGUUGACAAAACAUACUGUGUUUUCCACCAGAUGGAGAUUAAUGCGGUGGAUAGCAUUAUCCACCCUUUGACAACCAGAGCCAGAGCACUAACCAUGGAAAUGAAAAGCUACCUAAUAUUUACUAGGUUAUAUUCCCAAGGUAGUUACUGACAGCAGUUAUCUCUGUUUUCAGGGUUGGGUGUGGUGCCUCUCUAGUGACCCCACAGGAGCUCCUAGGGUGUGUUCAGGAUCAUGGGAUAGCAAAAUAAAGUUGUGGGAUCUUCAGGGACGAAAUGUUGAGAUGACAACCAUAAGGUGCUGUAGAGUAAAUUAAGUUCAAAUUUUUAGUAAUAAAUGUACAUUCAAUUAUUUUUAUGAUAAUUACACAAGGAACAUUUGAAAUAUGAUUUUCAUUGUGUCACAUGAUUUUCUGUAUGACUGGCUGGGCAAGCUGAUAUUCAUAAAGAAAAGUGUACAGUUAUUUUAGUAACAAUUGCUUGCAUUUGAAAUGUAAUUUUCAUUAUGUACCCUAACUUAUAUUGAAAACAUGGUUUGUUCUUCCUGUUUGAAGUGAAUGCAGUCUAUCUUUCUGUCUCAUGUUCUUGUGUUCUUUGCUGUUCACUCAUAGUACUCAUAAGGCAGCUGUACUUUGUAUGUCAUGGGAACAAGAGAUGCUUAUAUCUGGUUCUUAUGAUAAGAGUAUUUCAUUGUGGGACCUGAGAGGUGAGAUAAUCUAACUUCUUUAAUCAUAACUGUAAUAAAAUUCUCAAAGGUGAUUGGUUAUCAAGAGCAUGAUUUGAGCAUGUAUAGGACAGUGCAUGCAUCAUGCUUGUAAUUAGACAUUGUAAUAAGACAGUUGACAUGUCAUGCCUGUGUAUAUGGACAGUAUUUGCCACAUGUGCAUGCUGUUGUUGUGCAUUUUGCUGAGUUAAUUGUUUUUUUUUCUAAUGAAAAUGUAUAACAGAUGUCUAAUUUCUUUCUCAAAUUUUGUCACAGUUUGGUAAGAGGACUUUGUUUUGUCCAAUUCUGUCUGUAAUUGUACUCAUGAUUAACAAAUCAUGUUUUCGUUAAUCACUUGUAUGAACACAAGCAGAAUUGGACUCCACAGAGUCCUAUUACCAUUAUUAAUCAUGCAUAAAUAUUACGAUUUCCUCAAAUGUGAUUGGUGCACAAGCUGCAUUACUUUUCAGUAAUUAUCCUGUAGAGGUGUAAUUGGACAGUUGGCUAUAAUCAGACAUGUGUAAUCAGACAGUUUAAGCAGUCAAUCACACUUAGUCCACUAGGUCAGCUAAAUCCACCAACCACAUAUUAAUUGAUUUCAAAACCAAUUUAGCAACAACCACUUACCCUACAAAAUUGGGAAAAAGUCAAUGUGUCUCUAUCCAAGAUAUUUUCUCAAAUAAAUGUUUUUUUUCUUCUGAAAUUGUAAUGGUUAUCAUUAAUUGGUAACAGGACUUCUUGUCAUUAAAUUCAGUUGUGUAGUCAUAUUUGUGGUUGAAAAAUCAGACUCUUGCUUUGCGGCCAUCCAAUUUUGUAAUCAUUCUUAUAGUUACAGGCUGAAUUGGACUCCACCUGGUCUUAUUACCACUAUGAUGUCAUUACAAUGUAGAUCAGCGAGUGUGAUUACUGGCCAAAUUUUAUUCUACUCUGUCCUCUUACCGUGGAUAAGAGAUUAUCAACUGAUCAAUCCAAUUUUUGAAGGGUUUCACAUAAUAUUUUUUUAGACAAGUAAAAUAUGUACUUUGGAUAAUGCUGAAAAAACAAAUUUUCAAAACUUUUGAAGUGAAUUUAUCAUGAUUUUUGUUGUUGUUGUUGUUGUUGUUGUUUUUCCUUUAGCUGGCAAUAUCAUAAGCAGAUUAAAGAACCACAGCAGGCCAGUGUUGUGUCUGUCUGUGGAUGACAAGUUUAUUAUAAGUGGAAGUGAGGACAAAACUCUUUGUGUCUAUGAUAGAAGAGCUGCUCAAGUUUAUAAAACAGUAAAGGUAUAGUCAGUGUCCUUCUUUAAUUACUACUCCAACAAGUGACCAAGACAGAAUUUCUCCUUACAAUAUCAAUACCAUAUAUAGCAGGCAGGUGAUGAGAAUAGAGAAGAAUAUCAACCAUGGGAUUAUUAGUUGAUCCAAUACCAAAUUCUCUGAACUAACAUCAUAAGAAUUGUAUGGAAGAUAGUAAGGAGAAUUACUAAUUAGAUCUUGGGAGUGAAAGGGUUAAAGUGACAUUCUUUGCCUUGUAAACAUAAGUGCAAGUUGAAAGUUGAUAUUUAAUAUGUGUGAGUGUUCUUUCUUUUUUAACCUUAAAUGUUUUUUUCCUAAAUUACGCCAUAUAACUAAAUACCUUACCUUUGUAAAAUAUGAGGGGCCUGUAGCUUGUAUAACCCUCGUGGUUUCUCUAAAGGUAACCUUGCCACAUGUUAAAUUUUCCAUUAUAUUGUAUUAAAUUUGUAUUAUUUUUACUGAUGUGUUAUAUUUCAAAAAUGGCAGAAUAGAAAAAAAAAGAAAAAGAAAAAAAGAAACCAUAAGAUAUUAGUUUGGUAGAAAAAGAUCCAAGAAGGAAACAGAAAAUAACCAAGAAGGAGAGAGGAUGGCCCAGGCAAAAAAAGAUCAAACUGGAUAUCAAAUAACUGAGGCUUAGUUUUUUUAAUAAGAUUUAGAAACAGUGAUACAGUUCCAUUAACUGAUUUUGUCAGUUAGUGAAUUGAAUGAAGUGGUUACAAUGUUCAGAUACAGAAAAUGAAAAAGAUUUUCGCAUUUUUGAUAACUACCAUAACAUCAAGUGAUCCAUUGAUCAUCUAGACUGCAUAAUCAGGGAGUUUCUCUAUAAACCCCUGCCAAUGAUGUAAAAUACUUCAGCAGCUUUGCAAACACAAGUACAAAUAAGAGAGCAUGCUCUUAGGCUAAACAGACAGCUGUAAAAGGUUUUAAAGAUGCUGGUAGACUGCAGGUAAUAAGCUUUAGUUGAGAUGACUGCAUCUUCCAGCUCUGAAUGUUAUUCAAAUUAAACUCAAUUUCAUACAAAUAGUUGAGCAUCAGGUCUCACUUUGAAAAAGAGGCCAAAGUUAAUUUGAGAGGGGCCUAUUUAGACUUGAAUAAAAACAUAAGGAUGCAAGAUAGCAUCAUGGCUAUUUGCUCCCCUAAGACAAGUGUUUUGUGCUUAAAUACAUUUUCUGAAGUCAUGUUGCUUUUUGUAGCUUGAGAGUCCAGUCUUCAGCUUGUGCCAUAGUUCCAGUUGUGGCUAUAACUACCUCAGAGUUGGAGGAAGGGAAGGUCGCCUGCACCUGUUGGACACAACAGCUGAUAGAUUUGAAGAGAUAACAGUAAGUUGUGGUGUGGGAAUUGAGACAGAAAAAUCCUUCAAAUUCCUGAAAAAUUCUGAUAUGCACUUUGGCAUUGUUUAAAAUCUCUGACCUAAGGUAGUGCAUAGAUUUAGUGUGUCUUGUUAUAAAUGCAACUUGUUUUGAAAUGUUAAGUGAAUUAGUUGUUCCUUUUUUCCAAGCCUAGCAUUGAACUUGAUUCCAAAGGGAAAAUCUCUGCUAUGUGUCACUAUGGAGGUGCAGUUGUAGCCUGCUCAACAGACAAAUCUAUUAAGGUAAGAAGUAACAAGGACAUAGGCAGGAUUUCUCUCAAGAGAGGGGGGGGGGGAAGUAGGGACAUGCAAGGUUGCUUUAUUGUAAGAAUUGUUAUGAAUUAUCCCUUUGUUCUUGACUAAGGGAGGAGGUCAUAUGCACCUUAACCUCCCCCCUCCCCCAUCGCUCAAGGGUUGCAAAGGAGCAAUGGAUAUAUCUCUCCCUUUCAACAAUCCUUGGUUAUUAAUUAUGAUUAUUAUCCUCCGUUUGCAGGUGUUGGAACCCUCUCGCAUCUUAUCUGUGAUUCAUUCAUUUGAUUGUCAUUCUGGACAAGUUGCAUCAGUGAGUGUAAACAGUUGUAGUAAAAAUUAACUAAGGAUUGAUAGCACACAGUUCUAACAUCUCUUAUCACAGAGAGAGAUGGCUUAUUAGAGAGGGGUCAUUUUAGAGAGGGAGGGCUCAUUAUUGUGGGAGGCUUAUUUCAGAGGGGUAGUUCUGGGGGAGAGAACUUUUUAGAGUGGGGAACUCUUUAUCCCUUUAACUCCCAAGAUCUGAUUGUAAAUUCUCUCCUCUAACUGAUACAUAUUUCUUUGUAAAUUGGUUUAAAAGAAUUUGGUACAAGAUCAAGAUGACAGCUUCUAUCUGAUAACUUUAGAAGUUUGAGUAUUCUCAUCACCAGUUUGCUGCACAAUGUAUGGAUAUUAGAGGGAGAAGUUACAUGUUAAUCACUUCAAGGAGUUGAAGGGUUAAAGGAGAGGGAAGGGCUCAUGAUGCCCUUUUAUUUUCAGGAGUAAAUGGGCCUUUUAAGGAUGCUGUGUUCUGGUUUAACACCAGAUUCUCAAAGUACAUUCACACAGGUAUACUACAAUUAUUAGGGAGAUUAAAGGUCUUAUGUAAGGGACAUUGUGACUCAAACCCUAUUUGCUAUGUCUUUCACCUGACCAGGUUAGCAGCAGAGGACCUGUCUUAGCAUCUUGUUUCAGUGAACUCAGUAUAGGAAUAUGGAGGCCAAAGAAUCUAAGACCAGCUCCAAGAAUAUGAUGUUGGAUUCUGGUGAACUUAGACAUGAAACACAUUCAUAAUGAUGGACAUUUGUUUUAACUGUACCUUUUCAUACCUUGCAUUCGUCUGUAAAUAUAUUCUUAUCUUCUCAUCUUCUUUAGAAGGCUAUUGCUUAGAAAGUUUUGCAAAGCUUCUGUUGUAUCAUUUUCUUUUCUACAUUAUUUCAUUUUUAUUUCACCCUUUCACUCCCAAGAUCUCAUGAGUAAUUCUCCUUACUGUUUACCAUUUAAAUUUUUAUGAUGUUAGUUUGGAGAAAUUGUUAUUUGAUCAACUGAUAAUCACCUAUGUGAAACUUAUCUUUAUUCUCGUCAUUUGUAUGCUUGAGAUUGUUUAGAUAUUGUAAGGAGAAAUUCUGUCAUGGCCACUUGUGGGAUUUAAAGGGUUAAUGUUUUUCCAAAAAGUUUUUCAAUGAUUAUUUUGAAGAUAGACUUUGGAGCAAAACAAAAAAAGUACUUAUUUCCUCCAUUUCUCUGACAUGAAGAAGGAAAUCAGUCAUGUAUUUUUAUAAGAAGAUUUAUAUUUAACCUUUUUGUUAUUGCCAGAACACACACAAUCUUGUUGAAAGAACAAAUAAAGGCAAAGACCUUUUGUCUGUGUCAGAUUUCGUUAGGUUAUGUCCAAUAUGACACGUCUUUUAGCACAAUAUUCUUAGUCACGUAAGUCAAUAGAAAUCGGUAACAAAAACCAGCUCUGUGUGAGCUCUGGGAAGUUAAGGGCGC